CCCAAAACCAAUCCUGAAACCUCGAAAAACACUAAUUAAUUCACCGCCUGAAAGUCUUUUCUUUCUCAAACUGCUUCAUCUCUUUUCAAUCUUCGCUAUUGAAAAUACUAUAGUGCACUUCAAUCUCUAGACAUGUCAAGCAUUGAAGAUCAAGAGAUUUGUUGCCGUGUGACUCCACUAGACAGCGUUGAAGCUGAAGAUGAGUCUUUUUCUUGCCCUAUGUUCCAUAUUGAUGUUGCAGUUACCUUCAUGCAUCGUCGUGAUGAUUCUUUAAUGGAGGUAGAAGAAGACGAAUCAGAUCUUUAUAAUGGGGACUGUGACGUGAUCCAAAAUGAGUUCCUGGUUGAACGCGAGAGGUUGUUUAAUCAAGAAACAUCCAUGUCAACAAUAAUCCAAAUCCUUCUUGAAAUGAAUGUCCCUGUUCAGUCCUAUAUGUUAGACAGAAUCCUGGGCUUUGCUCGUCAAAUGGCGACUAAUAAACGAUAUAAAAAUCGCAAAGUGUUGCAUAUGAAGGUGGAGAUUGAUGUUCCGCCUGGUUUUCUUGAUGACGAUGAUAGUGAUGAUUAUUCUGCCAUACGGUUCGUGCCAGCGAGUAAACCAUCAAUGGAAAAUUUGGAAAAAAUUAAAGCUGAUGGGUCGACAGAACAACAGUGUAUAAUUUGCUUGGAAGAGCUUUUGAUCGGAUCGGAGGUGACUCGGCUACCUUGUUUGCAUGUUUAUCAUAAGCAGUGCAUUAUCAAUUGGCUACAAAAGAGCAGAUUUUGUCCAUUGUGCAGGUUCGAAAUUGCUUAAUUGUUUGAUUUAUAUAAUGUUAGCCAAAUAAUAAUGCCUUGUUAAAAUCAGUUUAGUAAAUUUUUGUCUGUCAAUAAAGGAAAAUUGAAUUGAUGAUCA